AGCCAUAUUGCUCCAAUUCUGAUGAGGGGCAUAUAAAGUUAAAUCAUCCCCAAUGGGGAAGUCGCGGUUUAUCGACUGAAUUUUGGGCGAUAAAAUUUGAGUAAACCCCGAUACGAAAGAUGUUUUGAUGCUCUUGGCUCACUGGAUCGUCUCGCUCACCCCCUCGACGCAGGAAGAUACGCCCUUACUCUGUCGAGUUCUCCGGUCGCGACUCCAUCGCGGCUGCUCUCUCUGAGGACGGUCGCGAAUCCAUUGCCGCUUGAAGAUCCGCCCUCAACUUUUUCGCCCCCUCGGACUGCAGACGCGACUCCAUUGCUCCACGAAGAUCCGCGAAUAGUUAUCUUGAGCCGUAGACAAUGGCGAGCACAGCUUGCUUCAUCAUUGUUAGCAGAAACGACAUUCCAAUAUAUGAGGCCGAAUUGGGAUCGGCAGUUAAGAAAGAAGAAGCAGCUCAUCAGCAUCAGUUUAUUUUACAUGCUGCUUUAGAUAUUGUUCAAGAUCUUGCAUGGACAACAAGUGCUAUGUUUUUGAAGGCAAUGGACCGAUUCAACGAACUCGUUGUAUCAGUAUAUGUCACUGCCGGUCAUACUAGAUUGAUGUUGCUUCAUGACUCUCGAAAUGAAGAUGCAAUAAAAAGCUUUUUCCAAGAGGUUCAUGAGCUUUAUUUAAAGAUUCUCUUGAAUCCUCUCUAUUUGCCGGGCUCUCGCAUCACAUCAUCUCAUUUUGAUACCAAAGUUCGAGCUCUGGCAAGAAAAUAUUUGUGAUCUUUGUCUGCAGAGCUAUAUGUUCCUGGGUAAAGAUCCAUUACUCUUUUUGGAUUUGUUCUACAAACUAGUACUUCUUUGACAUAUUUUCUUAUUAUCUGCAUUUUUUAUGACAAAAUUUGUUUGCUUUA